CGUGUUGGUACUAGCGCGGUUACGUAGUUGCCUCCCGGCUUCAAAGUUCGCGUCUCCAGCCUCACGCUCUCUUUUUACACCACCGCCCUCGACGCGACAACAGCCCCGUCAACUCCGUCCACCCCGAGCCGUCCACCUCCUUAAUCGCACAUCACCAACAUGUCUCGCGGCGGCGGCACCACGCUCUAUGUCACCGGCUUCGGUCACGGCACCCGCGCCCGCGACCUCGCCUACGAGUUCGAACGGUAUGUUGCUCAACGCACCGCCCUCCCCGAUGGUUACCACGCCCUUCGUCGACCGUCCUUUACGCGCGAUCGAACUGCUUAAUGCCUCGUCGCCCUUUCCGAUGCCUCCAUCACGUCGCACCCCAUGCCGCCACCCACGCCCUUUCCAUGCGCAACGCCCGCCACAUUCAGCUUCCUUUCGCUAUCACCUUUCAUGUUACACACCCAUCUAACGUCAUCGCCAGCUACGGUCGUCUUGUUCGCUGCGACAUCCCUGCGCCGCGUUCUGCCUCCAGCAGGCUGUAAGUGGCCACGAUACCCCGGUUAUAUUAACCAACUAACAAUGCGCGGAAGGUUCGCUUUCGUUGAGUAUGAGAGCCGCCGGGAUGCUGAUGACGCGUACCAUGAGAUGCACAACAAGCGCAUCGGUCGUGAUGACUUGUUGAAGAUCGAGGUAUGUUCAGCCAGUCAUGUUUUGCAGCUGGUGUACCUGACGUCCAACAGUGGGCACGCACCCCACCCUCGGCUUCGUGGCGCUUCGACUCCGGCCGUGAUCGCCCUCGUGGUGAGCGUGGCGAGCGAAGUGAGCGCGGCGGCCGUGGCGGUGACCGCUCACCGCGUAGCGAGCGUCCUCGUAGUCGCUCCCCUCGUCGCAGCCGUGGCGGUGACUACUCUCCGCGCAAGGAUGACCGUCGGGAGCGCGACUACGAUCGUCGCGACCGAGACCGUUCCCGGAGCCCUGAACGUGACGGCGAUCGGGAGAUGAAGGACGUGCGUGACCGUGAUGAAGACCGCGAGCGCGAGCGGGACCGUGACGCCGGCACCAACGGCGAGGAGCGCCCCGCGAAGAGUGAGCACCCUAUCCUACAAGACGACGAUCUCCUCUGAUCGACAAUAUAGACGAAACCCCACCUCCAGCAGCUCCUGAAGACCUGGAUGUGGCAGAGUAAAUGUUUGUCCUUCGCCGCCAUGU